GCUCAAGAAUACAUGAAAAAAGUUGAGCACUUUCGAGUUCUGGUCAUGGGCAGAGCGAAUGCCGGUAAAACUACCAUCCUCCAAAGAGUGUGCAACUCUGCUGAAAAUCCGGAGAUCUUCGAUGGAAAAGGAAACAAGAUUGAUGAUACUAUUGUGCAGGGCACUUUGGCAUGUGGCUACCAUAGAAUUGAGCAUGAGCUCAUUUUUCAGAGUAACCUGGGCUUUGUGUUUCAUGAUUCUUGUCGGUUCGAAGCAGGGGCUGCAGAAGAGUUUGACCAAAUGAAGGACUUUGUGGUUGACUGUUCAGCCACUCCGAAGGCAACAGAAUGUAGGUUUUGCAUCCCCAUGACUAAGAACCACAGGACAGUAACUGCUGCUGAGCAGAAGUUCUUCAAUGAGUGUGACACAGGACAUGUGCCUCUGAUAGUGUUGUUGACAAAGGUGGAUACCUUGAAUCUGGAUGCAAUUGAAGAACUUGAAGAUGAAGGCUGGGAGAUAGAAGGAGCACAUGAAGAGAUUGCAGAAAAGGAACAGGAAUUGUUGAAAAAGUGGCUUGCACACAUACAACAUGAGCUUGGCAAGUGCAAGUUUCCACAUAAAGGAUAUGUGACACUUCAAAAGAUGCAUCAAGAGAGUGCAGACUGCAGUGCUUUAAUGCAUUGCACUGCAAAUGUGUUGAAUGAGGAAGGUUUACAAAGGUUACUUAUAUCAACACAGCAGUCAAGUAUUGCACUUUGUGUUCAAUAUGCUGUGCACAAGACAUUGAGAGACAGAAUGGAGCUAGGUUUCAAGGGAAGAUUGCAGGUGUAUGCAAAAGAAUUGGAAAGUGACUUGCUGAAAUGGUUUCCAAAUUGUGGUGGUGUGAGUAAUUAAUGGCAUGGCCAUGCUGGAUUUGCUGACUAGGGUCAUUCAUGCUCUUGAUGUUGGUGGCAUGGCAGUAUGUGAGUGAUUUCAUGGCAUGUUUACCUGGAUGUCUGCUCAAUGGCCUCACUUGCACUCUUGAUGUUGGUGGCAUGACAGUAUGUGAGUGAUUUCAUGCCAUGUUUAGCUGGAUGUCUGCUCAAUGGCCUCACUUGCACUCCUUGAUGUUGGUGGCAUGACAGGAUGUGAGUGAUUUCAUGCCAUGCUUAGCUGGAUGUCUGCUCAAUGGCCUCACUUGCACCCUUGAUGUUGGUGGCAUGACAG